UCAUCAUCGUCCUAACAAAUAAUAAUCAUUUGUCAUCCUCAAAUCCCGACCCCGUAUCUCGUUGUUCACUGAACUUCUCACUUUUGACUGUUAAUUUCAAAUCAUUUGAUCUAUAUCUUAACGUUGGUUAAUUCGCUCAUACAUAAUUGUUUCAGUAGAUAUACACACGCGUUCGAUACAAGUUAUCAAUAUCGCUUGCAAUUCUGGUUUUCAAAUUGUAUUCACGUUUUCAACAUGACCACGUUAUUAGAGCUUUGCCGUAAAUAUUUCAAUACUGACAAUCUAUACGAGGUGUUGAAUACGAAAAAGGACGCUACGGACAAAGAAGUUCGCAAAGCAUAUUAUGUGUUGUCGAUGAAAUACCAUCCUGACAAAGUUACUGAAAACGAAAAAACUGAUGCUACUGAAAAAUUUAAAGUCAUUAGUCGAAUUCAUGCUCUGCUCAAUGAUGCUGAUAAGAGAAAGCUUUAUGAUGAUGCUGGAUGUGUUGGUGAUGAUAUCGACCCCAAUUCUGCUACAGAAGAUUUCCCUUGGGAAACCUAUUGGAGUUCAAUUUUCAGAAAAAUUACUGACAACGAAAUUAGAGAUUAUGAAUUAAAGUAUAAAGGUUCUGAUGAUGAAAAAAGGGAUCUUAAAAAAGGAUAUUUAGCAGGGAAAGGGGACAUGGAAUUCAUUAUAAACAUGGUUCCGUUUAGUUCAGUGUAUGAGGAAGAUCGCCUUCGAGAAAUUUUAGGAAAAAUUAUUGAAGAAGAAGAUUUACCAAGAUUUAAAGCAUUUAGUAAUGAACCUCCUUCUAAAAAAAGAAAAAGAUUAGCAAAAGCUAAAAGAGAAGAAGCCCAGUGCAAAAUAGAUGUAAAAAAUGAGGAAAAAAGUAAUUCUCAUGAUUUAAUGUUGGCUAUUAAAAAGCGAUCAGCUGAACGUGAACAACAAAUGGAUAAUUUUUUUGCUAGAAUGGAAGCUAAAUAUUGUACACCGAAAAAAACCAAAAAAAAUGUCAAAAAGACGUAAUAUUACUAUAAAUUAUCUUAUAGAUAGUUUUCUGUAUAAUAUGUAUAUACUUGACUCUUAAAUAUCUCAUGAAUAUUAUUUUAUUCUAUAUAAGACCUUUGAAGAAAUUGUGAAAAAAACUUUUUUAAUAAUUACUUCAAUUCUAAUGAACAGGUAUUGGAAAUUGUAAAUGAAUGGUUAUAUUUUUAAUUAUUAUAUAUUUUAAAUUAUUCCAUAUCUAUCUCAAAAUAAGCAAUGCACCACCUAUACAUCAUUCUUUUUUACAAAUGUUGAAGACUGGUUGUUUUUGAGAAAUUACAAAACUAUUUUAAUUUUAUAUUCCAAAUAAUUUAAUUAAUAAAGAAGACAUUUAUUUAAUUGUGUACAUCAAUAUAUUUUCAAAUGGUCACAUUGUAAUUUUUUAAAUAUUUACAAUUGUAUGUUUGUCAUAUUGGAUUGUGAGCAGGGCUAUACGUAUGUUAAUACAUUGGUUUUAUGAUUUAUAAUGUAUUUUUUGUUUUUGAGUAAAAAUACACUAUUUAUGUAUGUUCUAAUUAUCAACUUCAGGUUUCUUGUAGGAAAUGUUAUCUAAUUUGUACUUAGCUGUGUCAAAAUAAGACAUUUCUAAUUUUUUUUAAAAUUAAUUGCAGAAAAUAAAAUAUGUUUCGCU